AAAAGCACAGUUUGCUAUAACUAAAAAAAAAUCAACAGCAAUUGUAAUUUAUAAAUAUUAUAAAAAUGUCCAUCAAUCAAUUGUGUGUAUAUUUUUGCCUGAUCUUUGCAAUGAGCUGCAAUUUGGCGCGGGCUGAUACACCAGUCAGACAAUGUGCCAAUGAAAAAAAUCCGCUACCCUUGAUGGUACAAAUUGAUGACUGCAAUGAGCUGCCCUGUGAUUUGUGGAAGGGUUUGGAGUCCAAAAUUGCCAUACAGUUUGUAGCCACACGCAACUCGAUGCGUCAGUUGACUGCCAGAGUGCAUCUGACCUCAUUGGGCGUGACAAUACCCUUUGAACUGGAUGCCAAGAGGAGUGAUGUGUGCAACAAUCUGUUGCAUGGCGCCUAUUGUCCACUGGAUGCUGGCGAGGAUGUCACCUACAGACUCAUGUUGCCAGUGGCCAGCAAUCAGCCGGAGGUGCCAACUCGUCUACAGGUGACACUCCACGAUGCUGAGAAAGCUGACCAAGUGGUUGCCUGCUUUUUGGCCGAUACUCGGGUCAGGAAGCCCAGUUCCAGCUAAAUAACAAUACUCAAUUAUGUUUGCAAUUACUUUAAGCAUAGAUAUAUCAAACAUUGUAUCAAUCUCUGGGCAUUUGUUUAUGCCAAUUAAUAGCAACUAAGUAAGCUAACCUUUAAGCCACCCAACAAAACACUAUUAGCCAUUAUGAAUAAAUAAUUAAGGCAAAACAUUA